GGCCCGCCCGGCCGCGCAGGCCCGGAGGAGGCCCUGGACCGGCCCGGCUCGGCUCGGCUCGGCUCGGCUCGGCGGGGCCAUGGCGAGCCGGGGCUGCGGGCUGCUGCGGCUGCUGCUGGGCGCCGCUCUGCCGCUGCUGCGCUCCGCCGAGGCGGCCGCCGUCAGCCCCGAGCGGAGCCUGGCGUGGGGCCCCGGGCUGGAAGCGAGGCUCGCCCUGCCCGUGCGCUACUUCCACGUCCAGGCGGUCAGCGCGGCCGGACACAACUUCACCCGCUCGCCCCCAGGACGAACACAGUUUAAAGUGGUAAUUAAAGCACUUUCUCCAAAAGAGAUCACCAGAAUUCAUACUCCUCUCCCUUUGGAUAGAAACGACGGCACAUUUCUUAUGCGGUAUCGGAUGUAUGGCAGUGUCAAAAAAGGGCUAAAAAUUGAGAUACUUUAUGGUGAUAAGCAUGUGGCUCGAUCUCCUUAUAUUUUGAAAGGACCAGUUUAUCAUGAAUAUUGUGACUGUCCUGAAGAAGACCCUGAGGUCUGGCAGAACACUCUCUCUUGUCCAUCCCAAGAACCUCAGAUUACAAAGGACUUCCUUUCCUUUCCCACCAUUGACCUUCAGCGAAUGCUUAAAGAAAUCCCAUCAAAGUUCAGUCAAACAAGAGGUGCUAUCGUACAUUACACUAUUCUCAAUAAUCGCAUCUACCGUCGUUCCUUAGGGAAGUACACAGACUUCAAAAUGUUCUCUGAUGAAAUGUUACUGUCACUAGCAAGAAAGGUUCAUCUUCCAGAUGUGGAGUUUUAUCUUAAUGUUGGAGAUUGGCCAGUUGAGUAUCGAAAAGUUAAUGAUACACCUGGUCCUAUACCUAUAAUUUCAUGGUGUGGCUCUGUGGAUUCAAGAGACAUCGUCCUUCCAACGUAUGAUGUAACCCAUUCAACUCUUGAAACCCUACGUGGUGUCACAAAUGAUCUCCUUUCUAUUCAGGGAAAUACAGGCCCAUUCUGGGAAAACAAAACUGAGCAAGCUCUAUUUAGAGGUCGAGACAGCAGAGAAGAACGUCUCUAUCUUGUCAAGUUAUCCAGGAAAAAUCCAGAACUACUUGAUGCUGGAAUAACAGGAUAUUUCUUCUUCAGAGAAAAAGAGAAAGAGCUGGGAAAGGUUCCGCUGAUGGGCUUCUUUGACUUCUUUAAGUACAAAUACCAAGUGAAUGUUGAUGGGACCGUAGCAGCUUACAGGUUUCCAUACCUCAUGCUGGGUGACAGCCUAGUACUGAAGCAAGAUUCCCAGUACUAUGAACAUUUUUAUUCUGUAUUAAAACCAUGGAAACAUUAUGUUCCAGUUAAGAGAAGCUUGGAAGACUUGCUAGAAAAAAUAAAAUGGGCUAAGGAAAAUGAUGAAGAAGCACAAAAAAUUGCUAGAGAAGGACAGUUAAUGGCAAGAGAAUUACUUCAACCUCACAGGCUUUACUGCUACUAUUACAAAGUGCUCCAGAAAUAUGCCGAACGCCAAGCCAGCAAACCUGAAAUACGGGAUGGAAUGGAUCUUGUACCUCAGCCUGAUGACAGAGACUCAGUAUGCAGCUGCCACAGGAAAAAGCCUUUAAGGGAAGAUCUAUAACUGUACCGGAUGGAGAAAAUCACCCUCUUACAAUGCAAGAAUUUAAAUAGGAUUUAAGCUGUGAAACCUAAGACACUUAUGCACUAGCAGACAUUCUUAGUUAUGCAUCCUUAUUGUAUUUACAUAUCCUUUUUCACACUGACUCUGAUGUGCAACGUCGGUUCCCACAGUUUUGUCUCCGUGACCACCACCAGACAGAUGCUGAGCCUGUACUGGGGAGCAUUUGGGGCAUUGGUUGGAUGUACCGCAUCACCAGGAAGACGAGUGCAGUGCUGCGCAUGUUCCUGCUGGGAUCCAGUUCCCCAGAGUUUUAUGAGGAACCAGUCACCCACAAGAUCUUCCAUGAGUCAGGGCAAGUUAUUCUAAAGGAGCAUUUGCAACAUACUAAAACAGUGUUAUGAUUUCUUCAUAAAGUUUACCUCAGUGUGA